UCUUUUUUUUUUUUUUUUAAUUUUUAUUUUGUUUAUUCACUUCCACCGGUCUAUCUCUGCUGGCCUUCUGCAUUCCUUUAGAUGCUUAUCUCCUUCUGUUAUCAGAUUUUUCUCAAGAAAAUUUCGUCUUUGGUUCCGUCUUCUGACCCAUUAGUCUCUCCUUUAUUCGUCUUUGCUCUCUCAAAGUCUGACCCAUUUUUCCAUUACAUCGCGAGCUUUUCGUCACAAAAGGGAAAAAGGACACCCAAUACACCUGCUGUUCCUCUCGCCCACUCUAUUCGGAAAGCUCUCGAUCCCUUACGCACUCCGUGGUAUUCAGCACAAACUACGUCUAUCUCAGUGAUAUCCUCCAGAUUUAGCCGAAAUGCAGGCCGUUCGGGGGCUCUGAUAUGGGUCGGUGGGGUUGUUGCCGAGCUGUUACUAUGAUCUUGCCCAGGAAUUAAAUGAUGAUAUUCUUGAAGAUUCUAGGGUUUUAUGCGUUUUCUGGUGGGUGGUUUAUUGUUUGUUGGGGCCUUUAAUAGAGUUGUGCCAUUGUGGGUCUUUAUGUGAGGGGGAUUUGGGUUUUGCAUUUUUUGCUCUGCUUCAACCGAACUGCGAGAGGAGGACAUUUCUCCCAUUGUUGUUGGGUAGCUGAAACUUUGGCGAAGAUUUAGGGGUUUCUACUGAAACCCCAUCAUCGAAAUCCGUUCGGAUACCAGGGUUUUAAUUCCUUUGAGAAAUGAAAUAAUGGUUCAAAGAUUCCCAAAGUCUGUGAGAGCUUCUUUUACAAGGAUUCCAAAAGGGAAAUAAAGGUAUUCUGAGCUGAGGCCAUAAGGGGUUGCAACGGUUGAAACCUUCAAAGCUGCUUUUACUACCCCCAGCCCUCCCUGAGAAUAUAAUGUUUCUUUGUACACUCCCACUACCCGUUGUUUCCAUUAAGUAGAGAUAGGGGUGCCUCCAAGUACGAGAUUACAAGGCUGAGAGAUGAAUGAUUUUUAAGCUUCUUUGCACAGAUUUGCAUAUUUCCGUUAUUAUUCUUUGGAUCUGAGGGAUUAAAGAUAUUUUAGUUUUGACUCUCUGGAUACGCUCUGGGUUUUUACCAAGUCAAAAUUUUCAGUGGCAUUGAGCUGAAUUUGUCAAAUAUUCCAAAGCAUCGAUGAGGCUUCUUCAUCGAAGUCUCUCGAUGCUUAUUCUACUGAUGUGGUUCUUCUGGCUGCCGGCCCCCAGGGCUCAAUCUACUCCUGGGUCUUCAAUAAGCAAUGCACGUGCUCUGGAUGGGCUGCUCCAAGAAUAUGCUUACAGGCCUCUUGUUCGUCCAAAAACUGGCAUUCCCUAUGAUGGGGUUGUUCCCGCAGAUUUGGCCGGAAUCAAGAUUGCAGCAAUGAGGCUCAGGAGUGGUAGCAUGUAUAGAUAUGGUGUUCUAAAACCCACGUACAAAGAGUUCAAGAUUCCCAUGGGAGUUACUGCGAGCCCAUAUGUGCUGAGGCUUGUUUUGGUCUACCAAAACUUGGGCAAUCGGUCUUCGGAGUACUACCCAUUACCUGGUUACACCCACUUGACUCCAGUGCUGGGUCUUCGUGCUUAUGAUGCUGCAAACUUGUCAGCUACAGAUAUACAAGAAUUGAAUAUUACAGCGACUCGUGAUCCCAUAUCGAUUAAAUUUGUGGAUGUGAAAUCAGUCCCUGAUGGGGCUGUUGCAAAGUGUGUUUGGUUUGAUUUACAUGGUUCUCACAAUUUCAGCAAUGUGACAUCAGGUAAUACGUGUUUAACAAUUCAACAGGGGCAUUUCUCUAUCGUGGUUGAGUCUAUUGCUGUUCCUCCUCCUCCUCCGACAUCAAUCUCUCCUACACCAAGUGCUGGAACUCCAAAUGCAGGUCCAAGACCGAGUGGUGGAGGAAAAAAGAAUAAUAAUUCGAAAGUGGGGAUAAUUGUGGGAUCUGUGCUGGGUGGAUUAGGGUUGUUGGUGUUAUUAACAUUCCUGGUUCUGUGGACGCAGAAGUACAAGCGCGAGAAGAAAAUGCAACAGAUGGAGAGGGCUGCAGAAGGAGGAGAAGCCCUGCAUAUGACCACGGUUGGGAAUACAAAAGCUCCCGCUGCAACAGUGACUCGAACGCAACCAGUCCUCGAGAGUGAAUAUGCACCCUGACUCCCAAAGUUGUACAAGCUUUCCACUGUCAUCCAACUGCUAUUCAUAUUCAAGUUCAAUUCCUGUAUUCAGAAAUUCUUCCAAAUCACACCUUUUUUUGGUGGUGUCUCCUUCGCCGCUUUGUUUCUUGUAGGCUGUUGCUUUUAGUGUGGUUAAUAUAGGAUUUUUGUGUAAUCGCUCUCACAAAGUCGUCCAUAGUUUUAUGAUUCAUUGUGGUGUGUAGCCCAAAGUGAUUUUAUAUGUGAUGAAUUUAGUUGUCCCAUUGACAAGGAAUAAAAAUUCUUAUGUUGUUGCUGUUGAUGUCUAAGGAUGUAAAUAUGAAAACCAGUUGAUCACAAUGAUCAUUCUCAUGUUAAGCUUGGCCUCCUCCAGCCACUGGUUCCAAGCAUCCCUCAUUCCCUGUCGCAAGGAAAUUUGUAUCCACUCAUGCGCAGCUUGCCUUAAUACAAAUUUGAUUUUUGCCUGAUC